AGAAAGCUUCAUUAGAAAAAGUCACGAGAAGAGGUUAUUGUUUAUUGAAUUACACUAUUUGCCUGUCGAGCGGAACUCCUGAGCUGAACGAAGUACACCGCUUUCAAGCUCUGCGUCUCGUAAUAUUUCACUACAAAGCACUGUUGCACACCAUGACCGAGAGAGUUUAUAAAAUUGCUGUUCUUGGGAACGAAGGAGUCGGUAAAACAGCACUGUUGGUACGUUUCCUGUGUCAUCGAUUUAUUGGGGAAUAUGAUCCUACAAUUGAGGAUUGUUAUCAGCGUAAAAUAACAGUGGAUGGCGAGGAAGUCACCAUUGAUGUGCUAGACACAGCUUACAGGAACACGCCAUCGAAGCUUGUGGAGAAUUUUCUCCACGUGGGAGAUGGUUUCAUCAUUGUCUACUCCAUGACAGACAGGAAGAGUUACAUCACAAUCCCGCGGUACAAAGAAAUGAUUGAAGAAUCACGUGACUGUACUAUUCAGGGCCCAGCUUCGAUAGUACUCAUCGGGAACAAAACUGACCUGGAAGAACAUCGCACAGUUGCGAAGCGGGAAGGACAGACAUUGGCCAAAAGAUACGGGUGGUUAUUCGGCGAAGCUUCAGCUGCAGAAUACGAUGGCGUGGAUGUCUGUUUUUACGAUGUAAUCCGUGAAAUGCGAGCGCGCAGGUGUAAGAUGAAUCCUUCUGCGCUUCUCCUGCAUCUGAACGAUCUACGUCAGUCCAGUUGCAGUGAUACGGACAGUCAAACAGACGAAAGUGCGUCGGAAAGCAAGAAAAAACGUUUUGUCAAAAAGAAAUUGAGCGAUUCUAGUCGUCAAUACAAACUGAAAUUGUUUGGUUCGUGGCAUCAUGUGCAUUCAAAGUGAAAGAGAACUUAAGUUUGGUUAGAUACUUGUAAAGGAAAUCCAAGGCUCUCUGAUUCGUAAUAAACAAUUGGAGAGUUUGAAAGUGAAGAAUAAAAACACACCUAAAGUACCAAGAUAGCGUAAAGGCGAGUCGGUUAGCUACUUUCUUGAUGAACACUCUCUUCAACUGAAUUUAAUUUGACUGCUUUAUGUUCACUUUUCUCCGUGCUUACUAGAGGAAUAAAUUAAGUCCUGCCGUAAAUGAGAAUCUUCUUAUCAAUUUUAUCACUUGAAUUGGCCAUUUCUGAAUUACCUUUGGCCUCUUCUUCAAAGCGAGUCCUGGUGAUCAUCCUUCUUAACGAUUGUAAGUUUUUCAUUCACAUGCAAAUUAAAUCAUUUACAUACAA